UGGUGCGGCGGGUGGGCGAGAUUGGGACACCGUUUCAAACAGCGCAACAGCCGGGACCCGAACACCUUGAAGAACUGGUGAGAUCCACUAGGGGAACCAUGAUGCGAACGAUGUAAAAAGAACCGCUCGGUGCCAAAGUCAACGGCUUCUGAUUAAGAAUAGGAACAGGUUUAGACUGUUUUAAGAAAAUCCUAGCAUCCUUAAAGGAGAAAGGAGAAAAGGUCGUUGAGGGAAGACUCCAGCAGGGGCGCUAACCGGAAGUGGUGUAACGCCAAAAGCGAAGAAGAAGUAGCAUCAGCCGCGGCUAAUCGGGGUCUUUUCUGGACAAUUUGCGAACAUCGAGCUUCUUCCGGAGAAGAGGAGUUUCAGCCUUUUGGCCGCUUGGCUUGAGGUCAUGGCUCAGCAGGCCGACGGAGCCCAGACCCCGUACUCCGUGGGGCGGGGGCUCAACUUUAACAUGGCCGAGCAGGCACCCGGCCGCCAGAUGGGGGGCGGGGCUCCGGGUGUUGGGAUGGGCGGGAUGGAGGGCCUGGAUGGCGGCGGUGGCCAGAUGACCCGGCGCGGCGAUGGGCCUCUUGGGCGCCACAUGAAGCUGUUCUCCAGUCUGGGCCUGUCGCCCUCUGACCUGGACGCGCUAGCCCAGAUCCCUGAUGAGGACAUCACCAUGGAAACAUUGCCCCGCAUCCUGAUGCAGCUGAAGAGCCGCAAGGGGGCGGCAGGAGAGCGUGGGGCGGCAGCCUCAGAAGCAGCUUUCCGCGGAGGACGGGACGGUUGGGACCCGUCUCCGGGUCCGUCUCGGAACCAGUCCUCCGGAGACUUUGGCUUCGGCUCCAUGCGGGACGGCUACGGCUCCGGGUCAGGGUCUGGCUACGGCAUGGGGGCGUCGUCAGACCCUCUGUUCAUGCAGAGGAGGAUGGGUUCGCCUUCCAGCGGGAAGAUCCAGGACUUCCUGGGGGUCGCGCCCCCCAUGUUCCCCCAUGUGUGCGCUCUUUGUGACUUUGACGUUCAUUCCUCCAUGGAGUGGAACCAUCACACAGCCGGCCUACGCCAUGCGGAGAACCGCCGCCGCCUGCUGGACAUGUAUCCAGACUGGGAGCCUGGCAGGAGGGACGGCCCCAACCUGUCUGCGGGCCUGCUGGGACCGCCGCCCAUGUCCUCUGGGCCGCUAGGCGGGAUGUCGUCCGGCUGGGGAGGCCGCGGCCGCUCCGAACUCUCCAUGGGCCAGAACACGCUCCGCAGCAGGGUGGUGGUGGUGAAGUACGACAGGAAGCCUCUCAGCAACAAGACGCUGUUCGCCUUCACUGAGACGUUCGGCCGCCUGCGGGAGCACCUCAUCCUGUCCAACAAGGCCUUCCUGGAGAUGGAGAGCCACGAAGCGGCGGCCAACAUGGUGGCCUUCUACAAGCAGCAUCCCACCAAGCUGUACGGGAAGCCCGUCACCUUCUACCUGUCCCAGAGGCUCAUGGUCAUCGAGAAGUCCCACCGGGGCGCGGACCCAGCGGCGGACCGGCCCUCCAGGGACGUGGUCGGCCAUGGCAGCAAGGUGGUGUUCUUUGCCAACCUGCCCAAAGACGACGAGCAGAAGAAGGAGCUGCUGACCAUCGCCAGACGCUUCGGCACCGUGGAUAAGCACCUGUUCCUCACUGACCAGGGUUUCGUCCAGCUGGGAACCAUGGAGGACGCAGAGAUGCUGGUGAAGUACUACAGCAUGAACCCGCUCAUCAUCAAAGGACGGCUGAUCCGCCUCAACAUCUGCACCAAGUACAAAACCCUGAAUGUGAGCCACAGGCAGGAGGAGAAAGAUGCUCCGAGUCGGAGGACCAGCCGGUCGGACGCCUCCAGGACCUCCAGGGAGACCUCCUCCAGGAGCAGAGAGGAAAAGAAGAAGAAGGACGACAAGGAGAAAUCUGCAGCGGUGGAGAGCAAAGAAGAAGAACCAUCAGAGAAGAAGAGAGGCGAAGAAGAGGAGGGAGCAGGAGGAGUCUCAGAUCAGGAGUCAGAGAGAGCAGAGCCUGAGAAGGAAGAGCAGGAGGAGAGACACCAGGAGGAGGAUUCUAGUGAUGAUGACAUCACAGAGGACGGGGCUAAGAAGGAGGCUGGAGGUUCUGCAGAGGAUCCAGAAACCAAAGAAGAAGACAGCGCUGAAGCACCAGACGAUGGAGAGGAGUUUGACCAGAGCUUCCUGGAAAACAUGGAAGACUUUGUGACCCUGGACGAGUUGGACGAAGACGACGGCGACGAGAGCGACGACGGCAUCGACAACACGAGAAAAGGGGGCAUGAGGGUGGUCAACAUCCUGGGCUUCAGGCGCGGCUACAACUACCGCAACGAGAUGCUGGCGCUCGCCAAGCCGUUCGGGAAGGUGGUCAAACAUCUGGUUCUGGAUCUGAGACCGAGUCCGCUCCGGAUCGGAAUCCGCUCCGGGAUCGGAGUCCGCUCCGGAUCGGAAUCCGCUCCGGGAUCGGAAUCUGCUCCGGGAUCGGAAUCCGCUCCGGGAUCGGAAUCCGCUCCGGGAUCGGAAUCCGCUCCGGAUCGGAAUCCGCUCCGGGUUUCUGCUAUAUCCAACCGUCUGAAGGAGAGGGCGGAGUCAGCAACUUUAAAUGCUUCUGCUGCUCUUCCUCCUCCUCUUCCUCAGGCCUACAUCCAGUUUGAGACGGAGGCAGAAGCCGUCAACAUGGCGAAGUUCUACAACGGCAACGUGACGGCGACGGUUUGCGGCCGGCCUGUCAGGAUCACUCACUCCUUGAGCUACCCCACCAUCCAGUGCGGAUCCGGCAGAGUCGUCUACAUCGGCCAGAUUCCCAACAUCCGCUUCUCCGACGAGGAGAUUCUGGCGCUGGCCGAGCCGUACGGAAAGAUCCGGAAGUACUUCCUGCAUCGGAUCAAGAGAGAGUGCUUCAUCGAGAUGGAGAAACCCGAAGCUGCAGAGAAAAUGGCCGAAGCCUGCAAAGGGAAGCAGCUCAAGUUCCACGGCAAGCGGCUGACCGUCUACGUGAGCCGCAAGUACAAGCAGCUGAAGCACGGCCAUCAGUAUCCGGCGCCGUCCAAGAGGGACAAGAGUCCGGAGUGGAGCGGUCGCGGCGCCGAGGAGCCACCGGCCAAGAAGCAGAAACAGGAGGAAGAGGAGGAACGCGAGGAAGAGGAGGAUGAGGAGGAGAAAGAGGCCAAGGCCGAGGAGACGGAGGAGGAAGAGCAGGAAGAGCAGGAGGCGGGGCCAAGCUGUGACAUCACCAAAGGUUCCACCUUGGACAAAGACUCUGCAGAGAAACUUCCAGAAAGUUCAGACGAUACAAAACCAGAGGAGCAGAUGGAGACGUCGACCAAUCAGAACGGGCAGACAGAGGCCCCGCCCCCUGCCGAGCCCAGCCUGGCGUCUCUCCCGCCCUACGACCCCGACACGCCCCUCGGCGUGGAGCAUGUGAAGAUGGGAUUCUACUGCCGCCUCUGCUUCCUGUUUUACUCCAACGAGGAAAAGGCCAAGAAGGCGCACUGCAGCAGCCAGGCGCACUACCACAAGCUGCAGAAACAUCUGGAGAAGGAACGGGCCAAAGCACAGAAGAAGAAGCUGGAGAAGACGGCGGCCUGAAAACAGCUGCAGAAGAGUUUCAUGUUUUUUGUUUUUAUGUUUUCGAUGUUUGUCGACCCUUCAGAACGAACCGGGUCAGGACCGUCUGGAUGUGGAUCUGCCGUUCAGAACAUUUACACAAUAAACUGGU